AUGCAGCCGCUCAAGCGUAAGCGACCAGCGCGUCCCAAAGUCGAACCAAAGUGUUCAGACACCGAAAGUUCGACAUCAAGCGACGACAGCGACUAUUCCGUUCACCAUGACGUUGUUGCAUCAGGCACUCAUAUGCUAUACCUCAAUCGAGACUAUGUGCCGUCUUGGACAGAAGCGGACGCUUUCAGGGAAUGGUACCAAAAUUGGAAGGACGCAAUUGUUCACAAUUUCAACCUUGCACCCCGACCGUUCAUCCUCGAGCAAAACACGACCAAUACCGAGAUUCAAAUUACCGCCCAUCGCAUCACCGAAGGAGUCGCAGGUUCGCCUGGCAGAGAACUACUCGGGUACAUCAAGUACAUCAAGCGGACCGGAACCGUGGAGCUUACGAACUUCAAUGCUGCUCUGGAGAUUCAGCACCUCAACCUGGGAGGAACGACAAAACGCCACAACUCCAAGACAGCCGGUACUCAUGGAGAGGGAUUUAAAAUUGCGGCUCUUGUCAUGGCACGUGAACACCGUGAAAUUCGUAUUACGUCGUCCAGCGCCUAUUGGAGCUUUGGAUUUCAAGGUCCAGCCGAGGACGAGUUCGCUUGCCAGAUUACCAAGCCGGCAGCGUCGACCAUCAAGAAGCACAAAGAUUCGCUCUUGUCCAAGACACGUCAUGGACAGGUGAGGGGAGAUCUGACCUCCUACGUUCAUCAGGAUGUAUCCGUCAGAAUCUCCACAAUAAAAGGACAAGGUUUCAUCACGCAGGCACAAUUCCAGGAUUGGACCAAAGUGUCAAUUGAUCUCCAUUGCCCAUCGCCAGAGAAGAUCAUUCGCACUUCUUCCGGAGACUUGCUUCUCGAUCGAAAGUUUGCGGGUCGUAUUUAUCUCAAAGGCCUUCUAGUUUUCGAAAAUGACCUAUGGGCGCGAAGGUACAUAUUUGGCUACGACUUCGCAUCUGGGAGUAUCAACCGCGAUCGAGAGCGCAUGAUGGACCGCACCGAGGAAGCUAAAAUCAUUGCCAUGAUUUGGGAAGCUGCCAUCGAUCAGCGGCCGGACCUCACAAAAAAGUAUGUUGACUUGUUCGGCAAUAGUGACAACCAAGAUGUUGCAUUUUCGGACCGUGUGGUGUCCAAACGGCUGGCUGAACAUGUCUGGCAACAUCUGCUGAAGGACAGGCCGGAAUGUUUCUUCCACAAUGCCAAACCUGGGCAAUGGUCAAGGGCAUCUCAUCAGAUAUAUCUUAUUGAAUCGGAGCUCAAGAAAACGCCACGCAUGCUCUCAGAGGCCCUUUGGAACACACUCCGAAAAUUCGAGCUUGUCAAAACUCCAGAAGAGCAUAUUGACCACAAGUUUCUUUUAUCUCGAGUGGUACCCGUACCAGAAGACAGUUUGGCGCAAUCCAUCGAUCGAAUGCUCCGAGCAGCCAUGCGAUUGGACCGCUCACUCGAAAGGCUUAGUCUCGUAUCACGUGUUUUGAUUCAUGAGAAGUGGCUGCGUUUCGACGAAGCACACCAAAACACUUCUUGUGAUGUUGCAAAGCUUGAUGAAGCCCCGCACAAGCAGGCGGCCGUCUUCGCUUGUGACCAUGUCGUGGAAGACCUUUUUGAGAUGAUUCUGAAGGCAGUCAUGGGAGAAGGCAACUCUAGUUCAUCGAGUACCAACAGUCUCCGAUCAAAGGGCAGGGAGCUCUUCCGACAGACUCCAAGAGACAUCCGGGUUACCGCUGGUUCUGUCCCUGGUCAGCUUCGAGUCAGCUGGACAUGCAAUGAUGCGGGCGUUUUCUUGAAGCAUCAUGGGGAAAAUAUCUUCUUCUACCCUUCGAACAUUUUUACCAAUGUCAGUUUUGAAAGCGUGCGUCUCAACUUCAAAUUUGAAAAGAACAGGUACGUCGUGAUCAAAGACAACUCUGACUCCUUCGGUGAAUACAUCGCCCUCGUACACGAUGUCUUGCCCGGCAGCGUUGAUUGCCAGGACACUCCGCACCUUAGUAUCUCGAAGUACUCCUUUUUUCGAUCAACAUCAGUGUUGUGGGACUCAAAGGCACCGCUCGCCGACGACAAUGAUACGACGCCGAUCGAGUUGAUUCUGCAUUUCUCGGAACCGAGGAGAAUGGGCACUCCUUCCGAUAGCGAGGUUGUGGCCAUCGAUAACAUUGAUCGCGCUGAACCUGUGCGUGCCGGGUUCGACAUUGUACAUUGUGUCCAGACUCCAGAGAAUCUCGAUGCGGACAAAAUGUUUUGCCGAUUUGCCCGUUCCGUUCAUGAAACUUCCAUCAACUUGGUCCCGAUUGCGCAGCACCUUCUGCCGCCACAAGAGAGACGGAGUAACCCAGGAUUUAGUGGCACGGCUUCUGAAGGGGUAAUCGAUCUCAAUCCAGGCGUUUUAGGUCUGAUGGAGGGUUUCUGUUCCACGGGGUACCAACCCUUCGCCGCCUUCGGGUUCAACGAGAGUCAUGACGCGAAUUGGAAGAUACGAUACCCAAAAUGUCCUGUGUUUGAUGGCAGCUUCCCUGAGAUUUUGGAGGACAUCGACAGCGGCAAGCUCCUCGGCCCUUCUUGGCCGUCUGAGGAUUCACCAACAACUGUGUUAGCUACCGGAAGCAACACAAACUUCGCCCUAAAUAAGGGAAACAAGAAGAUGCCAUCUUUGAAAGCAUUCCUUCAUCCACUUUACAUGGCUGAGAAUGCAAUGUUCUCCCGGUCUCCAGAUUUCGCAGUGGUGCAGUUAUCCCCUGCAGUUGUCCAUCCAAUGGCCGUCUAUCGAUUAUGCGACAGCAUUGUGGAUUUCUUGGAGAGCGGAAACGCAGUCAAAGUCGACGUGUCAUCGGCCAAGAGGUUCUGUGUUCCUCAAAGCCGUAGACUGGUGACUAUGAUCGUGUCAUCUUGUCACGGACUGGCAGCUGUGCCGAUCAGCCCCGCGCAUCAGACGCCUAAUCCCCUUGGACAACCAGAGGGCGAAUUAACGCCUCGAAGCCUUGCCGACCUAUCUUUUGAGAACCCCCGGACAUCACAGACUGGAUUCGUGUGCUCUCUUCCGCCUCGCGCUGUGCCAGACGAGAAUACACCUAGCAUCAGGUGUUACAAUCAUAACACCGGUCGCAAAAUUCCCGAAGAGAAGGCCCGAAUCGUUGACCUGGACUCUCAUGACAUAGACGUCAUAACACAUAGCACACAUGAUCUGGUUCACCCAACUCGCUUGGACUCGCUCACCGUCCGUGAAUUGGCAAGAAUUCAAGGCUUUCCGGAUGAUUUCGUUUUCUACGGUUCCGAAAGACAACAGUACGAACAUGUCACUUUCGCGCAGCCACCGGCGGUGGCAAGAGCGGCUGCAGAGUGUAUCAAGACCGUCAUCAAGCGGUUCAGAGAGGUGAAGCUUGGAGAUGGAGAAGGUUGCCAGCGAAGGAACAAGCGUCGCAGAGAGGACAAUGCCCCGAUUCAGGAGGUUUCUACGGAGGGUGCGUAG